ACUUUUGAAAUUUGGCAAUGUUCUAAAGAUUAUAUAAAAAUGGUGCAAAAACUUCAUGAGCAUCGUCGGUUAACACAAGAAGCCAAACAUAUAGCUAUACAAAUGUUAAAUGCUAGAGCAAAGCCUAGUACAAUUUAUGAAGCCAUCAGAGAUGAAAAUGGGGAAUCAACUACAACUAGAUGA